GAUUAUGGGACUGUCUAGAAACACGAAGUGUUCUGCAUUUUACGUCCCUGAUAAUUAUAGUUUUAUGUAAGAGGAAUAUAUUGUGUAGCCCGGAAGGACAUCUCGUCAUUAACAUGGUACUUGAAAAGUACAUCCAAGUCAAGAGUGGUAUAUUUCAUAGCAAGUUAUCAGGUAUCGGGUGUGGAGUGUGAAGGUGAGCCAGAGGCGCAGGAGGAGAGGAUGACCAGUGUCUAACGAGAAUGAGGAUCCAUCCACGGAAGGUCGUGACCUAUGGUCUUUUUACUCUGGCCAUCUUUUUUGUGUUCCUAUUUUACAACCAGAAUAAGCUGGCAAGCGUAGAAAAUGACCCUCCGUGGAAAGAUUCUGUCCACAAACGAUUACUACAUAUGAAAGUAGAUCCACAUGGUCGAUUCCACAGUCACGUGAUUCAAGAUCAGAAAAAGACACCCCAAACAACAAAAAUAUCUCGUUCUCUAAGCUCCUUGCUUUGGCCAUCUUUAGAAUAUUACGAUGAUGACAGAAUUUUGGCUCAAAUGGCCCAUCGUCCAAAAAGUGUGCUUAAAAAAGAGAAAAAGGGCGAACAUGUUAAGGAGAAAGUUAUUUUAGUUUACCACGGUUAUGGAGCUUGGGGUGUUCAACCAGGACGUAACCAGUUCAAGGAGCAGAAAUGUCCAGUUCAGCAUUGUCAUGUGACCGACGAUAGACGCCGAAUCAAUGAUGCGGACAUAGUCAUGUUCCACCACUCACCCUCCAGACCUUGGGCGGCAAGGCCACCAAACCAGAUCUGGCUUUUAUUUUUGCUGGAGUCUCCCUAUCAUACACCGGGACUGAGUGGCGUCAAUGACGUGUUUAAUUGGACGGCAACGUACAGACAUGAUUCCGUCAUAGUAGCGCCUUACGAACGUUUUACUCUACACAAUGAAUCAGUUAGAACGUUACCGCUUAAAAAGAAUUAUGCUGAAGGUAAAACCAAAAAAGUGGCUUGGUUUGUUUCAAACUGUGGUGCAAGAAAUGCCCGUCGUCAAUAUGUAGAGGAGUUAGCAAAAUAUAUACCUGUGGAUAUUUACGGUGCUUGCGGGCCAUUAAGGUGCCCGAGACACAAAGCUAACGAUUGUUUUUCAAUGCUCAGUAAAGACUACAAAUUCUAUCUAUCGUUUGAAAAUUCCAAUUGCCGAGAUUAUAUAACGGAAAAAUUCUUUGUGAACGGCCUAACGAACGAUGUAUUACCAAUAGUAAUGGGUGCAGCACCAGAAGAUUACCAAAGGGCGGCUCCAUAUCACUCAUACAUUCAUGUGGACGAGUUCGAAACUCCUAAGGAUCUCGCAGAAUAUCUUCAUAAACUAGACAAGAAUGAUUCGCUAUACAACGAAUACUUCAGAUGGAAGGGCACCGGUGGAAAUAUCAACACGUUUUUCUGGUGUAGAAUCUGCUCCAUGAUUCAUGAGGUGGGGGAAAAUAACCAUCCGAUUGUUUAUCACGAUCUCGAGCGAUGGUGGCGCGGCCCUGGCGUUUGUAUCGGUCAAUCGCGGUGGCGGGAUAAUAUGAAAAGUAGAAAGAAAAUCAUAAUAGACAAAUAUUGAUACUUGACUGAUAAAAGUGCGAAUAGACUAUGGCAUUUCGAUGCAUUGUGUACGACUAUCUGUAAUAGCGCUACAAAAAUGAAGAUUGUUUUAUUAUUCAUAUUCUCGAAUAUUGAUCGUCAAGAUGAUAUCAAAUGUCUACUUGUAAACAGCAUUCCAUAUUGCAAAACAUUUAUUUUUCUAUAAAUGUUCAAAUGGUGAUUCUUUUCGAGGGUGCAGUGACACGUGACCGGAUGUGAUUGUGAGUGCUUUAUUGGAUGUAUUCUUCCUUCUGUUAGUGAUUAUCGUUUAAGAAUCUCCACCGCUCCGUCCAUGUAUUACAUGCCAUAAUUCACGUGGUCUCGCAUGUUACAGUGCACAGGAUGGAGAUAGGUUAGUGUGAACAAAUGUAUCUUUGAUCAAGCUUGGGGUGCAAAAUGGAUUCAAAUUCCUUUUUCCCUCUCACAAUUUUUUCCUUUACGUUUAACUUACAUCUAUGAUUUUAUUUUUUAUUUAUAUACAUGUAAUACUAGUGAAAAAAGGGGGUGUAGUAGUUUGAAACUGUUUACAAUGUUAAGGUUAAACAAUACUAGAGUAGUACAUGUUUGUCAUCUUAACAGGUCUGUGAAUGUCAAUCUUUGAUUUCUCUGCUGUGACUUUUUUCAUAGCUUUAAUAUCUACAGAAAUCCAUUUCAUUUUUUUCUUAUAUUUUUUACUUCGCUUUUUUUUCCCCAUCAUCAAUCUGUAUUUUAUACUCUUAGUCCCAGUCCAAUGAGAUGUUCAGAAAUUAGUUGUGCGUAAACCUCCAGUAGUUUAUUUAUCUUUAUUGGGUAUGUAUGUAGAAUAAGUAAUACAUAAAUCUCCAGUGGUGUGUAUGUAGAUUUUAUGAUUGUGACUAUAUGUGUUUCCAUUCUGGAAAACUGAUUGCGGAAUGCGUUAAAUAUAAGCAGUAAUGUGUGAAUUAAUGAGUCAUUCCAUUGCAAGAUUUCUUCCGAAGACAUGCAUUGUUAACAUUUAACAGAACAAAUAUAUCAAUAUUCUAGUUAGUGCAAUGGAAUUGAGCGUGUAUUGAAAAAUGAUAUUAUAGUUGAGGUGCAAACACGAUUUAUCGAACUCUUUUGUUUUUCUAUUAGCAUGAACAGGAUAUUCUUUGUGACAGGGUGGUAUUGUAGAUUUAAAACUCCAGAUAAACAGCUGAACUGCUGUCACGAUUUAUAUUCAGUCGCUGGUAGUUAAGUUUUAUAGUCAGAUAUUGAUUUAUACUUAGAUUUUUUUUCCUUUAUCAUGAACAGCUUGUUAUCAUUUAUUGGUCCUAGAUAACUUUUAGUUAUAAAUUUUAUUGGAGGAAUUUCAAUCGUUAUUCUUUAUCACACAAGAUAAGAAACUGUUUCCAAGAUAUAAAACUCAUUUGUACAAUGGUUUCGGGGUGGGGGUGAAAUGUAACAGCUCAUUUCAGUUUUAUAAAACGCAUUUUUAUGCUGCAAACUCAGCAAACAUUAAAAGUGAAGUGGGAAGUUGCACCAGUUUUAAUAAUGAUACAGAGAACAAAAACUGCAUUUUCCAGAAUAUCAUUUUACUGUGCUUGUAUUUAAGAUAAUUUUUUGGUAACAAAGAAUUGGCAUAUAUAGGAAUUUUUAUCAUUAUCACAAUGUGGUUAUCGGAGCAUAAGUAUUGAGGGGGAAUUGGAGCUUUUGAUGCACCAUGUAACAGUUGUUGACUGAGACAAUUGUGUCAUUACUUACGAAGCUUAUUUCUUUUAAGUAAAAUUGUGAUGAAUUGCAAUAUUUGUCAUAUUUUCCUCGAACUGUUUUAAAUUGUUUGAAUGACAUUUCAUGUUAUUUAGUUUCAUUGCUGGUUUGUAAGUUAGUAUGAGUAUAUUUACUUAUUUGUUCUCCUUACGAUGUCUGUGUUAACGGUAUGAAUCAUUCCAGUGUGAUUACAUUCCAAUUUUUUCUCACCAGAAAAAUUAUGUAUUAAAUGUAUAGCUGCUGUAAAAUAAAGAAAAUUAAAGAUACUUAAAUAUG